AUGUUGGACAGCUACGAGCGGGGCGAGGUGACACCACCGCCGUCGAGCGGGUACGCGGGCUCGCCUGGUCUGCUGGCGCUUCACUCGUCGUUGUACGCUACGCCCACGUCGAGGGCCUUCGACAUAGACUCGGGCAUCGACGGCAACGAGAGCCCCAUGUCGAUGGACACGCAGAUCAUACCGAUGCCGGGGAUGCUGAGCGGAGGUCAGCAGCGGCUGGACGACAUGUCGUGGCUGGCGACGGGGCCGUCGUUGCAGGAUUACCAGCAGGGCUUGGGUCCGAUGGGCGCCGGGGUGAAGAUGUGCCAUCCCGGGGCCGCCUCGGCGGCUGCCAGGAGCCUCAAGGAGCAGCGCAUCCGGCGGCCGAUGAACGCCUUCAUGGUGUGGGCCAAGGUCGAGCGCAAGAAACUCGCCGACGAGAACCCUGACCUCCACAACGCCGAUCUCAGCAAGAUGCUCG